AUGAAGGUGCAGAUGAUUCAGUGUGAUGAUUCAUUAUCUCUGAUAGCUAGAUUGCUGCGGCAGACUGGCAGCAAGGAAAUCUGCCAGAUUAAUAACCUGGAGAAAUCCAUUGCUGCUGCUUACACAUUCCUCCAAAAGAAUCCCAAAGAUGCUGCAAUGCAGAAGAAAAUGGCUUUUUAUAAAACCAUCCCAGACAUUGAGACUUACCUUAUUGAUGUGGAAGCACGGGAACAUGAGACAUUGUUUCUGAAGGCUGUGAAGGCUUAUAACAUUGGGAAUUUCCGCAGCAGUAUAACCGACAUGGAGCAUGCACUCCCUGAGUAUUACAAAGCGUAUCAGGAAUGCGUCAGUGGCUGUGAAGAAUCAUGUGAUGUUACCGCUUUCAAGGACUUUUACCCAGCAGUGGCAGAUCAUUACGUAGAAACACUGAAAUGCAAAGUGAAAUGUGACCAGAAUUUAACUCCCAAUGUUGGUGGAUUCUUUGUGGAGAAGUUUGUUGCAACUAUGUAUCAUUACCUACAGUUUGCGUAUUACAAACUGAAUGAUAUUAAGAAUGCAGUGCCUUGUGUAGCUACCUACAUGCUCUUUGACCCACAAGAUGAAAUCAUGAAGCAGAAUCUGGUCUAUUAUCGGUUUUAUCGGGAGCAGUGGGGUUUACAGGAAGAGGAUUUUCAACCUCGCAGUGAUGCUCAUCUCUAUUAUAACCAGACUCAGCAACAGAUUCAGUUACUGGAAUUUGCAGAUACUUUCUUGCAGUCAGAUGACGAGAUGGAAGUGUCGGAUGAAGCAUUUUCCCAGAGUGAGGCAGAUAUAACUGAUGAAGAGUUUGAGGGAGAAGGUGACUAUGAGGAAGACAUCCUUGCUGAUUGGUGGCAGCAGCCAAAACAGAAAGGAGAUUUGGACGAUGUAUCUAAUUAGAUGUAGACUGGACAAUGUACCCAAUACCUCAGACAUUAGUGUGUACAUGUGUGAUGAUGGAAAUCAGUGUGACGGCCAAAGAUUACGAAUUGAGAGAGAAAUUUGUGUUUUAAUGUCUCUGCAAUCUUUACACUGGGCAGGAAGGAUAGGAUGUGUGAGAGAGAGAGUGUGCAAUCAUCAGAGGUGCUUGAAGAUGGAAGAAAAUGUUUUGAAAUGUCACUGGUUUUCUUAAAAUCUCAAUAUUAAUCAACCUCAAUGUCCACCUAUUUAUGUUUUUAGAGAAGUUGAGUAAUAAAAUAUGAACAAAUUCCUGGAAAUAUUCAGCAGGCCUGGCAGCAUGUGCUGAGAAGUUCCUUCAAUUCUGAAGAUUCAUAUUGGACUCAGAUAUCUGUUUCUCUCUCCACAGAUACUGCCUGAUCUGCUGAGUAUUUGCAGUUUUUAUUUUAAAUUUCUAGCAGCCGCAGUAUUUUGCUUUUAUACAAGGAAUAAAAGAGCCCUUUUCCCCAGUAUUCUUUCUGCAGCAGCUUUGUACCUAGUCCAUUGCUGUAAUCUGCUCUGUCAAAGCCUGUAUCUACAGAAUCUUGCAGCACAAAAUGAGGCCAUUCAACCCUAUUGUGUCUGUGCGUGCUCUUCAAAAGAGCUACCCAUUCAUCGCACACCCUGUAGCACUAUAUGUUUUUCCCAUUCAGAUGUUUUUCCAAUUCCAUUUAGCAUCCAUGCCUGUUAGUCCCAGGCAGGUCACUUCCAUAUCAGUGACCUUUCACAAGAUAACAAACGUGGGGAGUUUAUAAUUGUUGGUGCUGGUGAGAACGUGAUUUCAACCUCUUACUCACCCAGACCUGAGUUUUAAUGAGUUGCCUUUGGGGUAUGUUUUCCUGCAAUGAACAUUGAACUUUGAUCUCAUUUGUUACAAAUAAUUUUUUCUUUGACUGUCACUGUUUCCCACUGUUGGGUCUGUCCUGGUGUAGCUGGGAACCUGGGCUGAAUGAGCUGAUGCAAAGACAUUGAUGGCCCUGUAACUCUGUCUUUGACCUCUGCAGGGUUUGCUUGUGGGUUAGUGAGUGAGAUCUGCACCUGUCCCUGGGAACAGGUGAGAAUGGGUUACCUUUGAGCCACAAUAAAACAACCUUUAUCCCCCCAGUGCCAGGGUCUUUCUUUUUUUAAUAAAUUAAAAUCUUGAAAGAAAACAGGGCGACAAUAUUUCCUGUUAAUACACUGGUGAUUUUCCUCCUGAGUUGUUGUUUCCUGCACUGACCUGGAAGUGUAUAGUCAGCAUGUGGAAACUGGGCAGCUCCUGUCUGGGGUGGAACAAACUGUGUUGUGAUGUGGGCUGUGAACAACAUAGGAUCUUUCAAUUCUCUCACCUGUACAGUCGGUGUGUUGGUGUUGGAUGGCUGCAGAGUAUAUAUUAAUUUAAUAAAAGUCAGAUUUUGUAUUUUAAAA